AUGUUCGAGAACUUGACGCCAACGCCCUGGUCACCAGGAGGAGAGCCCUGUCCCCUCGCGGCCAUUUGCAGCCGAGAUGCACCAGGAACGACUAACAUGGACUUCGGACAUGCUUUGCUUGAGACCAGAGGAACCGGAGCAGGUCCUGCACAGCCUGAGAUGGGCUCCGAGGAUCGGACCUUUCCCAUGCCGUCUGUUCCAAUGCAGCCCCAGCUUCCACCUGCUGAGCAGCCUGAGAUACAUGCCCUGCAGGAGGACCCGGCCAUUGUGAGCGCGGAAGUGCAGGCAGCAGAGGAGGCGGCGCGGGCGGUGGCCGCCCUUCAGCAGCUGCAGCAAGCGGCCAAGGAUGGUGCCUACGCCCAGUGGACACUUCGUCGGCAUGGCUUGCGCUCCACUGCCAGCGACGAGUCGAAGCGCCGCGCGAAGGAGCUGCAAGCAGCCAUGGCCCAGCUCAGGCGGGUCACCCAAGAGCCGCUGACGCAGCAGAACGUCAAGGAGCUCGAGAAUGCAGGUCGCAGCGCUUCCGAGGCAAUCAGCAGGCUCCAAGUGGCCGAGACGGCCGCCUUGCGCGAGCGCGCGACGGAGGCGAAGCACCAGCUCCUGGAGGGUGCGAAGAGCUGGGUUGCUGGCAUCGAGCACCAGGCAAAGAGCCCGCAGCUUGCGCAGCAAGCCAAAGAGGCUGGGACACAGCUGGGGAAGUCGCUGACAGCCGCACUCAGCGAAGCCACGCAGCACACGGCAGAGGCCUCGCUCCAUCGCACGGCAGAGCGCCGCGCGCUGCUCCGGGGCAUCCUGUCCCAGGCUGCCGACACGGCCUCGCCAGCCAAGCAGACAACCGAGGCCAAACAGGAGGCUCCAGAGUCCCUCGUCGAGAGGUCUGCACCUGCUGAGCCGAAAGCGAAGGCCGUCUCUGGAGAGCGGCUCCUGGCGGGCGUGUGCGUGGUGGGCGCGCUCUACGGUCUUGUGGGCUUUGCUCUGCGACGCCGCGCGGUGAAACCCUGCGCGGACUCACGGGACAUUGCUCUGCUGACGAUGGCCUAA